AUGGCACAAUCACCGGGUUUAUUGAAUGAUAUUCAUGAAAAAAAUAGUCGCUCAUUAUUUUAUAAAAAACCAGUAAAAAAAGAUAAUUACAAUUUAGACACUGAUUAUGAUUAUUCACAUCAAGAAAAUCGAAGACGAGACUUGUUAAAUCGACAAAAAGAAAGCAGAAGUGCUGUAGUGAAUUCAGCUCGUGCAAUAUUAGAAGAAGUGUUAUUGUCUGAAAGUGAAUGUGACGAACCAGCGACAAUUGAUUACCAGUAUCGCUCGAAACGAAAUAAACUUUAUAUAAAUACAUUGAUGUUGUCAGAAUGGAUGAUUGAUAUACCUGAAAAUUUUUGUGAUGAAUGGUUUAUGUUACCUUGUCCAAAAGGAAAACGAGCUUUAAUUGUUGCACGUAAAGGUAAAACUCAAGUCUUUACACGACGUGGAAAUAAAAUUAUAGAAUUUAAUUCAGCGUUACCAGGAGGAAAUUAUGAACACCACAGUAAGAAUAGCACUAUAUUAGAUUGUAUAUGGGUUAAAAAAGACCAAUCAUAUUAUGUUCUUGAUGUUUUAAGUUGGUCUAAUCAAACACUAUUAGAUUGUGAUGCUGAAUUUCGCCACUUCUGGCUCAGUUCUAAACUUGGAGAAUCUCCAGAAUUUAGUGAGCAGAGUAAAUUUAAUAAAUAUCCUUUUGUGGCAUUACCAAACAUUUUUUGCAAUGAAAACUUAUCAGAUUUUGUGCACAAAUUGUCGUCUAAUCUUCCAUUAGAUGGAUUUUUAUUUUAUCAUCGUAAAGGAUUUUACAUGAACGGUCAUUCACCGCUUGUAACUUGGCUAAAACCUUUCAUGAUAUCUGAGGUAUUAGGUAUAUCGGUACCUCCUGAACUAGAUAAAAAACCAGAAGGAUACCUCGACUUUGAGCAUUAUAUUCUCUCUAAAAAUUGUAGGAAAAAAAUCUUAGAAAGUUCAAAUGAAUUACAGAUGGAUGUGACAGUUAAUGAAGAUUGUGAGGAAGAGUAA